UCUCUCUCUCUUUUUUUUUAAAAAAAAAUGUUGGUACCAGAUUAUAGCAGUAGUAGUUCAGACUCUGAAUCCGAAGUUGUCGUUCACACACCACCACCCAAACGAUCCUUAUCAGGACUUUUACCAGCACCUAAAAAGGCAAAAACAAUUCAUAUCGCUUUACCAAAAUUAGAUGACGACGACACCACAGAAGGGACGUCCAACCCACCUCAGAAAUCAAGCAGCGGGUUAGGGUUAGCCGAUUUAUUACCAGCGCCAAAGCAUGGCAGUCAAAAAAGUACAUUUUCACCCGCAUUGCCGAAAAAGUCAAAAGGCAAAGAGAAGAGAGUCAGUCCUGAGCCAACAGAACAACCAGUAGAACAAGAAGAAGAAGAAGAGGAGGAGGAAGAGGAAGAGGUGGUAGACUAUGCUCCAAAAAAGUCAUUCUUUCAUUUUGGUAAAGAUUUGAAGGAAGAAAGAACGACACCUACCGCGAAACCAGUGCAAGCGACACCUGGACCGUUGUAUUCGGUUGAAAGAGCACCUGCAGUAGAAGAACCUCAGUUUGCAGCAGUCGAUGCAUAUGCAUACGACCCUAAUGCCAUGUAUUCUGCUGAUCCCUCCACGUAUUACCAAUAUCAACAACAACAACAGCUGGAGGAAAGCGACCAUGUGGGUGAUUUGGAAGAUGGUCAAGAUUUACAACGUAUGGUGGGUAAACGUCUACGAGGAGAAUCAAAUAUUCAAAUCAAGACGAUUCAUCAAAGGGACAUGUUACCAACAAAAGAAUGGAGAGAACAACAAGCACUCACGGCUGCACCGAAAUUUAAUAACGGAAUGACGAUGUCAGCGAGUAAAUUACAAAUGAAGAAGAAUAAUAUCAUGGCGUUAGCAGCGCAUGCAGUAAACAAUCAAGAGAAAUUGGAUGAAAUGUUUGCAGCGCAUAAAAAGACACGACGUGAAGCGUCUACUAAAUACGGUUUCUGACCAAUGAUACAAUUAUAAAUAAAAAAAAAAAAAAAAAAAAAGAGGGAGUAAAAUAAAGGGGGUUGAUGGAAAAAAUCCAACUAUUUUUCUUAUAUUUCUAUUUUAUUUUAUUUUUCCCUUUUUUUUUUUCAUAUCCUUUCUUUCUUUUUAUGCUGCUUUAUGACAUUCUUAUAAUGGAAGAUAUAGCAGAUACAACAUCACAACGUACCACAACAACAACAACAACAACAAGACGCCU